AUGAACCACCCAAAAUUCUUAAAAAAUCAAAUAAGAAAAGAACUGACAUUAUCAGUUACUGGCUUCCCAAUUACAACUUUUUUCACUGUGCCUUGGUUUGUUGGUGAGGUUCGAGGAUACUCUAGAUUAUAUGAGAAUGUAGAUGAUUAUGGGUGGUUGUAUAUUCCAAUAUCUGCACUUUUAUUUUUAUUCUUUACUGACAUGUGUAUAUAUUGGAUACAUCGUUGGAUACAUCAUCCACUCAUAUAUAAACAUUUACAUAAGCCACAUCAUCGGUGGAUAAUACCAACUCCAUAUUCCUCUCAUGCUUUUCAUCCAUUAGAUGGCUAUGUACAGUCUGUUCCGUAUCAUUUAUUUAUUUACAUAUUUCCUUUGCAAAAGUAUAUUUAUAUAGUCUCAUUUGUAUUUGUCAAUUUAUGGACAGUAAUGAUUCAUGAUGGUACAUUUAUUAACGGAGCAGCACAUCAUGCUCUUCAUCACCUAUAUUUUAAUUAUAAUUAUGGACAAUAUUUUACUAUUUGGGAUAAAAUUGGUAAUAGUCAUCGUUUACCUGGUGAGGAGCAAUAUGAUAUCAACAAAAGAAAGGAUGGAAAGAUUUGGCAAAAACAAGCAAAAGAAGUUGAUGUCUCAUUUGUAUUUGUCAAUUUAUGGACAGUAAUGAUUCAUGAUGGUACAUUUAUUAACGGAGCAGCACAUCAUGCUCUUCAUCACCUAUAUUUUAAUUAUAAUUAUGGACAAUAUUUUACUAUUUGGGAUAAAAUUGGUAAUAGUCAUCGUUUACCUGGUGAGGAGCAAUAUGAUAUCAACAAAAGAAAGGAUGGAAAGAUUUGGCAAAAACAAGCAAAAGAAGUUGAUGGUUUUGAUGAAAAUGGUAAAGAAAAAAAACUAAGCAAAAAAAGCAUCAAAAAAAAACAUUUAUAA